AUGUCGUCGAUAAAAACGAGUAAUACUACAGGAACGAAUCGUAUCCUACCAGCUCUCAGUCGCUUCAAGUAUGAAUAUUUCGUCGCCGGUAUAUCCGGUGGCGUUGUUUCGACACUUACCCUUCAUCCAUUGGAUCUGAUCAAAAUUAGAUUGGCAGUUAACGAUGGACGUAGCUCGAUACCACAAUAUACUGGUAUAGUAAAUGCUUUCAAGCAGAUUAUGAAAAGCGAAGGAAUACGUGGAUUCUACAGAGGAGUAACACCGAACGUCUUGGGAUCAGGCUGCUCUUGGGGAUUAUAUUUCUUCUUUUACAAUAACAUAAAGACAUGGAUUCAAGGAGGAAAUGCGAAGAAACCGUUAGGUCCAUCAAUGCAUAUGCUAGCUGCUGCAGAUGCAGGAAUAUUAACUUUGUUAAUGACUAAUCCAAUAUGGGUAGUGAAAACACGAUUAUGUUUACAAUAUGUUGAAGAUAAAAAUCUGGCAGAAUCGAAGAGAUAUACAGGAGUAACAGAUGCCCUAUUAAAGAUCUAUAGAACCGAAGGCAUCAGAGGUUUAUAUAAGGGUUUAGUUCCUGGAAUGUUUGGUGUAUCACAUGGUGCCAUACAGUUUAUGACAUAUGAAGAAAUGAAAAAUAAAUAUAACAUAUAUCAAAACGUACCUAUUGACACAAAGUUGAACAUGUUCGAAUAUAUCCUUUUUGCGGCCGUUUCUAAGGUAAUUGCAGCUGCUGUAACAUAUCCUUACCAGGUAUUAAGGGCGCGUUUGCAAGAUCAUCAUCUUGACUACAGAGGAACGUGGCACUGCAUCCAGGUGACAUGGAGGUGUGAAGGUUGGCGUGGAUUUUACAAGGGUCUUAGUGUCAACCUUAUGAGAGUGACCCCAGCAACCGUGAUUACCUUUUUGGUCUACGAGAAUGUUACCUACUUCCUCAAGCACAACCCACAAUAUGCAAACAUUGGGUCCAGCGGAUAGAACAAUAUCUUCGACAGUAUGUAAUAAAAGUUAGAAUUAGAAGGGCGUGGCAUUUACGUGUAUUACGAAUUGUUCUGCAACAUUUGUUUUGUUAUUUCAAAUAUUUACCGCGCUAAAAAUAUCAAUGCAGUUAAGAGAAAGAGAAAGAGAAAGAGAAAGAGAAAGGGAUACUGUUUCUUUAUCAGGGUAUAGUUCAGUUUAGUUUAAAAAUUACCAUCUUUACGAUCGUUCUGUUUAUAUGAACAUGAUUAAGUUUAUAGAUUCGUUUAUAUGAGAUGACCUCGCGAAUGAUAAAAUUACGAAGAUAAUAACCGCUUUUUAUAUUAGUAUAUUCUCGCAUAUUAUAUUAUAAUCAACGACUUAAAAAUGUGAGAAGUAGAGAAAACAAAAGAGAGUUUUUCGGUGAUAAAUCAUUUAAUAGGGGAAUAAUUUAAUUACCAUUUCUUGUUAUCCCACGUCAUUGUAUACCACAGAGCUUACAAUAUCCAACAGACUUUUCUCACAGUCAUAACGUCGAUUACAAUUUUCCUCGAAUUCUGCUUUAAUUAUCUCGUCCGGAAGAUUUUCCUCUUGCGAACUGGAAGGUCUUUGAAAAGGUGCAACGAUGCGAUUAAACGGUUUAUGUUAAGUAAAGAUAUAGCAAUGGGUUGAAAACAAAUCAGAAAGUCAAUUUAUAAUUUUAAGGCAACUCACGCAAAUAAAAUUCGGACGAUAUCUCCGAGAAGUCCGUUUCCUUUCAACGAGUAUUUAGCAAUCUCACAAAUUGUUUUCAGUAGACAAUUUUUUCCCGAAUAGCCAUUACUAUCAAACAGAGAAACAUAAAUUAAAACUUUAAAAAUUUAAUAAAAUAUACAUAGAUUACUUCAAAGAUAAUUAUUUCAAUAACCAUAAGAUCUGUAACCGUGGAAAUUAUAGUUUUAUUGAGAUUAAGUAAUUAUGAAGAAUGAUUAUAUUGAUUUCUAUUCGCUUGUAUAUAUAUAUAUUUGUAUAUAUAUUUGUAUAUUUAUAUUAAUUUCAUGCAUCAAAAUUAUAAUGACAACAAUAGGAUAUAGGAGUAGGAUAAUAUUACUUUUCUAAUUUCUUUGUGAUAAUGUCGUAGGCUAAUCUUCUAUCGAGACUUCGUCUUUUAAAGUGUUCUACUUCGGUAUAAUAGCUCGAAUUCCAAUUGCCUGGUAGACCAUAAUUUGCCUCGAAGUAAAAAGAGAAUAAUAUGGACUUGUCGGGGAUGUCAAUCGGUACGCCGAGAGCAAAGAAUAUCUAAAAGUAAGAUCGAUCAAUUGUAUUCGCAUUUAUAAUAGCAUCGUUUAAGUAUUUUAUGUAUAACAUUUUUCGAAAAGAUGAAUUACAUAGAAGAUAGAAAAAAGAAAGAAAAAGAACUUAUAAAAAUACAAUUCUAUUAGAUUGUACAAAUUGCCCAAUUGCAUUCGAAAUGAUUUAUCUUUUAAUGUUUUUCUGAUGUAAUUAAUAUAAUCCUACUGUACAAAUUAAACGACGCUCAAACGAAA